AUGUCCACUGCAGCAACCUCAGCCGCCGACUUUACCUGGAAUCCGUCCCUCGGGAUCAGGAUCCUCACUCAGCUCUUCUGCAUUGGAGCAAUUGAACUAUGCUGCGAGCGGCAGCUGGCUCUCUGGACAGCGAUCAAGCAAGCUAGCCCGCCCACGACAGUCGUCAAGACCGCGCCAAAGCCGCCCGUCCCCAGGACAUGGCAGCAGCGAUGGAAGAACAAUGCUAUCAACAUAGGGAUGAUGAUCAUGCCGGUGCCGGGACUGCUCGGUGCAUUCAAGAAGGGCGCUCUUAUUCCGCACUACCUUAUCGACGGCCUAUGGCUCGGGAUCAUGAUGUGGGUGUGGACAAAAGCUUUUGCCUCCGCGCUCUAUGGCAUCUUCCCCCGCGCCCGCUCUGUUCACAGACUACGGAGAAGCAACGACGCCAAGAAUUGGGACUUUGAGGUGGAGACAGUUGGCCCGACGUCUGGUCACCGGUGGACCAACCCCCACGUCAACCUCUUCGCUGGCUUCCUCUGCUCAGCGCUCCUCCUCACGUCUUCAUACUUCGGCAGUAGCGACCUCCUCCCCCUCGCCUGCGCCGCGCAGAUCAUAUCGGCGCUCGUCAGCUGGUACGCGCCUCAGUUCAAGAUGAAGGUACUGGUCAUGCUCCAAGCGGGAGUUAUCCUACUCUUCGCCUUCGUCUACGGUAUCGUCUUUCUCGUUGGCACCGGCAAGAAGUCGUCCCCUCAAGACAUGGCGGAAUUCGCCAAGGCUUACCCCGCGCCAUGGUUGCUCAGAAUCAUGGCCGUGGUCAGCUUCAACCUGAUCUAUUCCAUCCCUGGCGCCUUUAUGCAAGUCAACAUGCGGUAUGAGCACUCCCGUGUCGCAUCCGCUCCGACCCCCUCAGCACCUGGCGAGGCCGUCCUCGUCAACCACAAAGCCGCAGUCCCCGCCCUGCCCUUGUACCGAUUCACCAUCUUCGCACUCAUCGCCUGCUGCCUGACCGCCGAUGCCUGGUCGUAUUACACGUCUAGCGAGAACUUCGCCGCCGAUCACUUGCUCCUGCUUCUCAUGGCUAUACCGGCCAUCGUGGGCGGGACGGCGGUGUAUACUUUCUUCCGGGGAGACUUUAAGGAUUGGUGGAACUAUUCCGAGAAAUACCGGCCCGAGAUCGACCUGGAAACCGUGAAGGAGGUGGACGAGGAUGGGAAGGAGGUGGGGGCAGAGACGGCCGACGAAAAGCGGCCGAUCACUCCUUGA